GCCGCAGUGAGCACCCACACUUGCAGAGGUCUAGGGGUUAUGUCACGCCUCCAGUCAGUGUUGGCAUCCACAAGCGCAGUUUUUGAUUCCGGCUGAUCAAAUGAAUUAGAGUGGGUGGCAUGGCAGCCUGGUCCAGCAAAUGAAUAGGUAGGCAAUAUAUGCUGGAGGGCUCUAGUAGUCUGAUUGAGACGACUAGCUCUGCUGGUUUGAACCCGGCCUGCAUGUUCUCAAGCCCGAAUCUAGGCAACUCAGGACCCCACACCGAUCACUCCCCCUUUUUGAGACUGAGUUGGCCUCCAGCAAGGAUUUUGCUGGUUAAAGGCUACAAAAUUUUUGGCAAGACAUAUGUAUGCAGAGCUGAAGUGGAGAACAAAUCUCCACACCAGCGCCGAGUAUCCACAAGCCCAAUGGCGCUCUGCAUCACCCACCAAGAGAGAAGGGUGAGCGGAUACAAAGCAAAACAGGAUACACCCUGCCUCCACUGCAGGAUCAUGGCAAAGGCAGAGCCCUGGAGGACUCUGUCUAUAUAAACCCCAUCACCUCCAGGAACUGAACGGUAAGUACUGGAAUCGGAGGCCCCCAACGCAGUCAGG